AUGGCCAUGAAAGGGAAAGGUGUUCUUGUUGUAGGAGAGAAAAAUGAAGUGAAUUUGAGUCCUGUGGAAAAAAAUGAGACGACAAAGUUAACCAAAACAGUGAGGUUUUAUGAAUACACUUGCACAUUCUGCUUCAAAAAAUUUUAUUGUGCACAGGCCAUGGGAGGGCAUCAAAAUGCUCACCGCCUUGAACGCACACGUGAGAAGAAAUUGUUCGUUCGGGAUCCGAUUGGAUACCCUAAACAGGCAUUUAUUCGAUCUGUGAAAACCCUGAAAGAUUCCGAAUUAAAAAGCAAUGUUGCAGCCAUCAAAUCUCGACUGCUCAACAAUCUGCGUACUGCAAGAGAAAUGAUGAAACAUGAAACUGCACCCACUGUUUCUCAAAAGAAGGUGGCUCCACUGAUGAUCAAGCCACAACCACCUUCUUUUGAAGUUGGAGAGAGUUCUUCGUCUAGGGUUGCACCCAUUGUUCCUCAAAAAAAGCUGGCUCCAUUGAGGAUUAAGCCAAAAUCAGUUACUGUUGCUGCUAAAGGCCAUUAUUAUUAUCAUCCUUAUUAUAAUCAGAGGUUCAUUAUGAGUAAAAAACCAACUUUUUCUCCUAUUCAACCUAAUUCCUUCCCACCCAAGGAACUUAGCCUUGCAGAGAAGGUUGGAAUCCAUGCAGAAGCUAUGUUAUGCAAUGGUGGCAAUGAAGUUGAGGCAGAAAAGCUGGAUUUGACACUCAAGCUCUAG